CAUUCUCUCUCCUCAGUCAGUCUCCUCUCUCUCUCUCUGUCUCAAAUGCUUGGUCUAGGUUAGGGUUAGGGUUUGGGUUUUCUCCGAUCUACAUAAGGUAAAAAGACGAACUCGAAAAGAGAAAGAAACCACAGAGCAAUGCUUCUUCCGGUGAAGCUCUCUCCUGGUUUUCCGUGGCGAUGGCGGCUUAGCAAAACCCUAACCCUCUUCCAAACCCUAAUUCUCGCUCUUCUGCUUCAGCCAUGGCUUUCCGCUGGGGUUGCUGGGUACAAGGAGGACAUGGCUGCUCUUCUUGACUUCAAGGCCUAUGUGGCACCUGGUUCUUCUGGCUUUCUAUCAAAUUGGAACCCUAAUGACCCAGAUCCGUGCUCUUGGACUGGGAUCACCUGUGACUCGACUAAGUUUAGGGUUUCGGCAAUCCGCAUAGCUGGGAGUGACUGUUUUAAAGGUAACUCUAGCUCUGCUUCCUGUAAUGGAUUUCUAGCGUUUUCGCUUGCUUCUCAUGGUGGCUGCAACUGUAAUAGUGAAAGCGUUUCUGGAAAUGGGUCCAGUUGUAAAAUUAGGGCACAAUUGCCUGGAUCAUUGGGUAACUUGACUUGGCUUAGGGUAUUGUCAUUGCCUUUUAAUGAUCUUUAUGGAGAAGUUCCUAGAGAGAUUGGCAGCCUGAAACUCUUGGAAGAGCUUGAACUUGAGGGGAAUUCACUUUCUGGGAAUUUGCCCAUGGAAUUGGGGCUUCUGAGCUCACUUCGUGUGGUUAAUCUUGGCUACAAUCGGUUCACUGGCUCGAUCCCAGCUUCCCUUUCAGGUUGCCCUAAUUUGCAGAUACUGAACUUAGCUGGAAACCUGCUUAAUGGAACUUUACCCGACUUUUUGGGGAAGUUUUCAAACCUUAGAGGUGUCUUUCUCUCAUUUAACCAGCUUUCAGGCUCCAUUUCUGGUGAUAUCGGUAAUAAUUGUGAGUUUCUGGAGCAUUUGCAUUUGAUGGGUAAUUAUUUUACAGGCGGGAUUCCUUCGAAUUUUGGAAAUUGCAGCAGAUUGAGAUCUUUAUUGCUUUCGUCAAACAUUUUGGAUGGUGGGAUUCCUCCUGAUCUUGGUCGGCUUUCUGCUCUUGAAGUACUUGAUAUUUCAAGGAAUAGUUUGAGUGGGCAUAUACCAAGUGACUUAGGGAAUUGUAAAAAUUUAUCAGUGCUCAUACUCUCUAAUGAGUAUGACCCUCAAAUGUUUGGAAAAGAACAUUCUCUUAUGGAUUCAUUUAGUGGGUUUUCUAGUGAUGAUAAAGGAGAGUUUAAUUAUUUUGAGGGUGGGAUUCCUGAUAGUUUGGCGAACCUUUCCAUGAUUCGGAUAAUUUGGGCACCAAAGGCAACUUUAGAUGGUCCUCUGCCCAAGUAUUGGGGUGCUUGCAAGAGCUUGCAAAUGAUUAAUUUAGGUGGGAAUUUUUUCAAUGGAGAGUUCCCCUACUCUUUCCAUGAAUGCAAGGACAUGUAUUAUUUCGACUUGAGUUCUAAUAAGCUUACUGGGGUGCUUACUGAGAAACUACUGGUGCCUUGUAUGGGCCUUUUCAAUGUCAGUGGGAACUCUUUGUCAGGUGAUAUUCCCAAGUUUUUGGAAACUGGGUGCCCGCCGAUUCCUUCUUUUGUUGUUGAAAAGCAAGGGCAGCUGCCUUCAAAUGGGUUGUAUGGUCAGUGGGAUUAUUCAUCAGUUUACAUGUCCUUCUUUGCCUGCAAUGCUCGUUCUGGCUCAUCAAUGCCUUAUUUGGAAACGGAUAAUCUUCCCAUCUUUCACGAUUUCAGUUGGAACAAUUUCACGGGUUCAGUCCCUUUGCUACCAAUCGUUGCACCUGUGAGAUUGGAAAUGGACCCUCUGUAUGCUUUCUUGGCAAGUGGAAAUAAUAUCAGUGGCAAGCUGCCUGGUUAUGUGUUUGAAACCUGCGACAUUUUGUCUGGUAUGAUUCUCAAUCUCAGUAGAAAUAGCAUAUCAGGCGAGCUUCCUGAGGUGGCAAGUAAUGGUUGCAUAUCAAUGAAGCAGUUGGAUGUAUCUGAGAAUAGAAUUGUGGGUUUUUUGCCACCGAGUUUUGGGAAUUUGCUGUCUCUUGAAAGUCUUGAUUUGAGUAGAAACCUUUUGUCUGGUCAGAUACCUAUGCAAUUUGGCCAACUCAAGAACUUGCGGUAUCUUUCAUUGGCAGGAAACACCUUGACAGGAGGCAUUCCUUCAGGAUUGGCUCAAUUGCCUUCUCUUCAAGUUUUGGAACUAUCCUCAAACUUCCUGACAGGCAAGAUUCCAGAUGGAUUUGCAGGUUUGAAGAACCUGACUUCUAUUUUACUUGACAACAACAAGCUUUCCGGGCAAAUUCCUUCAAGCUUUUCCAAAAUGACUUCACUAUCUGUAUUUAAUGUUUCAUUCAAUAACUUAUCUGGGCCGAUACCCCGGAAUGUGACAUCAGUGAGGUGUGAUAGUGUGCUUGGGAACCCAUUGCUUCUUGAGUCUUGUCACCUUGCAUCGCAGUCAGGACCCUCUACAGAGCAGCAGGGGCAAAGUGGGUCUAACACACAGUACGCUUAUUCUCCAUCAGAGAGCGUGUCUCGAAAGAAUAGUGGGUUUAACCCCAUCGAGAUUGCCUCAAUUACCUCGGCAUCUCUCAUAGUUUCUGUUCUUCUUGCCCUGAUUUUUCUCUUUGUAUACACGAGGAAAUGCAUUCCUCGCUCGAGUGGCCAAGGCUCGGGAAGGAGAGAGGUUAUAACUUUCUCAAAUAUUGGGGUUUCCCUUACUUUUGAGAGCGUGGUAAGGGCUACAGGGGGCUUCAAUGCUCGCAAUUGCAUUGGCAAUGGAGGUUUCGGGGCCACUUACAAGGCUGAGAUGGCACCAGGAACUUUAGUAGCAAUUAAGAGGCUCUCUGUUGGCCGGUUUCAGGGGGUCCAACAAUUUGAUGCCGAGAUCAAAACACUUGGAAGAGUGCGCCAUCCCAAUCUUGUUACCCUGAUUGGGUAUCACGCUAGUGAAACUGAGAUGUUUCUCAUAUAUAAUUAUUUACCCGGGGGCAACUUGGAGAAAUUUAUUCAGGAGAGGUCUAAAAGAACUGUGGACUGGAGGAUGCUUCAUAAGAUUGCUCUGGAUAUUGCUCGAGCCCUGGCUUAUCUACAUGAUGAAUGCGUUCCUAGGGUCCUUCAUCGUGACAUUAAGCCGAGUAAUAUCUUGUUGGACAAUAAUUACAAUGCUUAUCUUUCAGACUUUGGGUUGGCUAGGCUUUUGGGUACUUCAGAAACCCAUGCAACCACUGAUGUGGCAGGGACUUUUGGGUAUGUUGCUCCUGAGUAUGCAAUGACCUGCCGUGUAUCUGACAAGGCAGAUGUGUAUAGUUAUGGCGUGGUUCUCUUGGAGUUGUUAUCUGAUAAGAAAGCCUUAGAUCCCUCAUUCUCAUCAUAUGGAAACGGUUUCAAUAUCGUUCAGUGGGCGUGUAUGCUUCUAAGGCAGGGACAGGCAAGGGAAGUUUUCACUGCUGGCCUUUGGGAUGUGGGGCCUCAUGAUGAUUUGGUUGAGACUCUCCACCUGGCCGUUAUGUGUACUUUUGAGUCCUUGUCGGUUAGGCCUUCGAUGAAGCAAGUUGUUCAACGGUUGAAACAACUUCAGCCCCCAACAUGCUAGCAAGAGUUGUUCGGCUAUUUAAGUCAUUUACACAUUUGAUUUUUACACUAGAGAGGGCAGAGUUUUUUUUUUUUAGCUUCCUAUUUAGUCCAUUUUUUAGCAUCCUCAGGUGCGGUUCUGAGUUGUAUGUAUUGUAAAAGAAAGAUGAAAUCCUCCUGUAAUAUACAGUAACCAUUUUUCCUCAUGGUUUCCUCAGAGGAAAUGUAAAAUCUGCAGAAGAAUGCAGAUUGGUAUCUCAAUUGUACCAAUUCUCAGGUGGUUUUUUUUUGGUUGCUCUAUCUCAAUGGCAUUGUCUCUUCCUUUUGCA